CCGCUCCACCUAGAAGGCGAGAUCUGUCACCGCUCACUCAUUUGGCUGCAAAAGGAGCACUAAAGUGCGCGCACGUAUACGCGCGGGAGUGUGCGGCAAAGGGAGGAGGAGGAAGGAGGGAGCGAGGAAGGGAGGCAGCUUUCAACAGUUGAGGAGGAGACGCGACUCAUUCUGAUUAUCUUCAAUCAUCUCGCACCUUAUUUUCUCUCCGCGACUCGUCUUCUCCGCCGUGCAACAGAUAAGCCUGGCCGCUGAUGGAUGCAAAGAGGAGCGCCUUCAAAUCGGACUGGAUUAUGGGAUUAGUGGACUGAUUAGUGGACCCCCAAAAAAAGGAAAAAAAAAAAAGUGGCCGCUGUGGAUGCUCCUCGGCGGAGGAAGGGCAGGAACACACAAAAGGUUGCGCCGGAGAGAGAGAGCGGGGAGGAGGGGGAGAAGCGAGCCGCUGCAGCCCGGGCUCCAUGCACACUUUCCUGGAGGAGGAGAGACGAUGCAACAGUGUGCCGCACCGGAGACAAAAGUCACAAUGAACGGUAACACGGAGCGAUGGUGCAUUUUGGAGCUUUGCAGGGUGUAGAUGUCGCAUGAGGGCAAUGCGCCGGUUUUUUCCACCUUUUCCCCUCUCUUUUUCCCAUUUAAAAAGCCACGCUCUUAACCUUCACCAUGCUUUAACCUUGGACGCAGAGGGGAAUAUUAAUACUUUAUUCUCAUCGAUUAUUCAUUGUGGGAGCCCCCCCGGAGAGGGAAAACAAAGCAUUCCGAUGUUGAAUUUGAUCUUUAAUUCAUGCACGGGGUGUCGUCGGGCGGUCAUCUUUGUUUACAGAAAGAGUUCAUCAUCGCAGAGCGGCAUGUGAGAGAGCUAAUGCCCAUUAAAGGGGGUCCACAAAUCGAUUUGCUAUCCAAUUAGUCCUGGAGCCACAGUCCUGCUUUGGAUUUAGUGCUCUAAAGGUUUUGCGGAAUAAUCAACAGGUUGAAAGUCAAGAUUUUUUUCCUCCCUUCUUUCCUGUGUGCCAGUACUGCAUAUCAAGCUGAAGGGAUGCGUCUCUCUGUUCCCAUAUUCCUUCUGCUGUGGGUUAAAGCCCUGACAUUGAAAAACCUCAGUUAUUCUGUCCCGGAGGAGCAAGGACCCGGCACAAUCAUAGGUAAUAUUGCAAAAGAUGGCAGCUAUGGGACCCUGGAGAGAGGGAAAAAAUCAAACUUCAGAGUCCUGGAAAAUUCUGCACCACACCUGGUGGACGUUGACCCGGAGAGUGGACUUAUUUUCACCAAACAAAGGAUCGAUCGGGAGACCUUAUGCAGGCGGAACCCAAAGUGCCAGCUCUCUAUGGAGGUGUUUGCCAACGACAAGGAAAUAUGCAUGAUAAAGAUUGACAUACAGGACAUAAAUGACAAUUCUCCCAGUUUCCCCUCUGAUCACGUUAACAUUGAUAUCUCAGAGAAUGCAGCCGCGGGCACACGCUUCCCGCUGACUAUUGCACAUGACUUGGAUACCGGGGAGAACGGGAUAAAGACUUAUCAGGUCACCAGAGAUGAUUACAAUACAUUUUCAUUGGAUUUAAAAGUAAGGGGGGAUGGAACUAUUUAUCCAGAGCUGGUGGUUCAGAGACCUCUGGAUCGGGAGGACCAGAGCCAUCACACCCUCCUCCUCACUGCUAUUGAUGGAGGGGAGUAUCCGAGAUCAGGCUCCAUGCAAAUAAAUGUCAGGGUGACUGAUUCCAAUGACAAUAGCCCUAUUUUUGAGAAAUCCUCCUAUGUACUGGAACUCCCGGAGAAUUCCCCGCCUGGAAAAGUACUCAUUGAUUUAAACGCCACUGACCAUGAUGAGGGAAGCAACGGCCAGGUGGUUUACUCCUUUACAGGAUAUGCGUCUGAGCGAAUACAAGAUUUGUUUGCUAUAGACCCCAACACUGGUGUCAUCAAGGUCCAGGGGGAAAUUGACUAUGAGCAGAAUCCAAUCAUCGAGUUUGAUGUGCAGGCGAAAGAUCUCGGUCCCAACCCCAUACCGGGCCAUUGUAAAAUUACUGUCAAAGUACUGGACAAAAAUGACAACUCGCCAAUAAUUAGUUUUGUUUCAGUGCGGCAGGGGGCAAUCAGCGAGGCGGCGCCCUCCGAAUCUGUCAUCGCCCUGGUGAGAGUGACGGAUAAAGAUUCUGGCCGAAACGGUCAGCUCCAGUGCCGCGUGCUGGGAAAUGUUCCCUUUAGACUGCAGGAGAACAAUGACAAUUUCUACACGCUGCUCACCGACAGACCUUUGGACCGGGAAUCGAAGGAUGAAUACAAUGUCACCAUUGUGGCCAGAGACAAUGGUAUCCCCUCUUUGAACUACACUAAGUCCUUCACUGUGAAAAUCUUGGACGAGAAUGACAAUGCGCCCCGCUUUACAAAGGCCCUUUAUGUGCUACAGGUGCCUGAAAAUAACAUCCCAGGGGAGUACUUAGGCUCUGUUCUGGCCCACGACCCAGAUGUAGGCCGCAACGGAACGGUGACCUACUCCAUUAUGCCGUCGCACAUAGGCGACGUGUCUGUCUAUACAUACGUGUCUGUUAACCCCACCAAUGGAGCCAUAUACGCGUCACGGUCUUUUAACUACGAGCAGACUAAAUCCUUUGAGUUCAAAGUUCAGGCUAAAGAUGGAGGCUCCCCUCACAUGGAGAGCACCUCCACCGUCAGGGUCAACAUCCUUGAUGUCAACGACAAUCUCCCUGUGAUUAUUUUGCCUCUUCUGCAAAAUGAUACAGCGGAAAUCCCAGUGCCUCGAAACGUCGGUAUAGGCUACAUUGUGGCUACGGUGAAAGCGGUCGACCACGAUCACGGGGAAAGCGGACAUUUGACCUACGAGAUUACAGAGGGCAACGAAGACCACCUGUUUGAGAUGGAUCCGAUCGGGGGCGAGGUCCGAACCACCCAUGCUCUUUGGGAAGAGGUCUCACCUGUGGUGGAGUUGGUGGUUAAGGUAACGGACCACGGCAAACCGCCGUUGUCCGCCGUGGCAAAGCUGGUCAUUAAAGCAAACACGGAAACAGUGACAGGUGGUGGGGGCUCCGGCGUGAGCGGCGAGCAGCAACACUGGGACGUAUCCCUGCCCCUCAUCAUUACCCUCUGCAUUAUCUCUGUCAUGCUCUUAGCAGUCAUGACCGCCAUCGCUGUCAAGUCCAAGCAUCAAGAUAAGGAGAUCGGGAAUUAUAACUGCCGCAUGCCCGAGUACUCCAAUCCUCCAACGGGGAAGGGCAAAAAGAAGCGGAUCAACAAGAGUGACAUCAUGCUGGUGCAAAGCGAGAUGGAGGAGAGAGAUUCGGCCAGCCGCAUGAACGUGGUGAGCAGCCCCUCGCUCAUCACCUCUCCCAUAUGCUUCGACUACCAGACCCCACUGCCGCUCACGCUGCCCAGGUCCGAGGUCAUGUACCUGAAAACCACCCCCAACAGCCUGACGGUACCCAGAGCGGGCUGCCACUCCAGCUUUGCCGGGCUGAGCACAGACACUCCUGCAAACAGGAUGUCAGUCAUACAGACUGAAAACUUCCCCUCGGAGCCCAAUUAUGCUGGCAGCAGGCAGCCGUUUGUUCAAAGCUCUACAUUUAAGGAUGCAGAGCGAGCGAGCCUGCGAGACAGUGGCCAUGGUGAUAGCGACCAGGCUGAUAGUGACCAGGAUACUAAUAGAGGCUCCCAGUGUGACACGUCUGCCAGGGAGGCCCUCAAGAUGAAAGCCACAUCAGUUAAUGGGCAGCCUUUUGAGCAGGAACAAGACAAAUCAGUCCACUGCACCGACGAGUGUCGCGCACUGGGACACUCUGACAGAUGCUGGAUGCCAAAGUUACGGAUCGGAAGCCAAGCGGACAGCGCCGAUAAUCGCACCAACCUUUUCAUCCCCGUGGGAAUGGACGCCAUGGUAGAGACAGAGAUUUAUGGCACCAUCAGCCGCGGCGGCCGGAAAGCCCUCAGCACCUUCGGGAAGGAGCAGCGGGACAGCACCAUCCUCGUGGCCAACGUCAAGCCGUACUUAAAAUCGCAGCGGGCGCCGUGCCCGCCCCUGCAGGAGAGUCCGCCGGCCCCCGGAAGUCCCACGAAGAGCGGGACGGCCCUGGACUCUGAGGAGCGAGAGGUCAAGGAAGAGAGGGAGGGGGGCUCAGACAGCAGUGCCUACGGCCCGCCAGAUGGCCAGUGCUCCCCGCUGCACACCGAAUUGGAGGAGCCCUCCUACCUGACCUGCGAGCUCCGCCCUAAGGCGCUGUCCAGCAGCCUCAUUCACAGCUCCGUCAUCAGCCAGGAGUGCGGCAUGUCCGAAUACGAGACGCCAGACUCGGGGAACUGACACGGCUUACCCCGUCCAUAAACAUACCCCCCGCCCACACACACAUGCUCUUGGCCGACAGGCGUGUAAUUGGGGCGGAUUGUUUUUUUUUUGUUGUUGUUUCUUUGGGGUCCGAACAUUGUAUAACCAAAAAUCAUCUGCUUUGUGUGUUUCUUUUUUUUUGUUUGUUUUGUUAAUUCAGUGACUUGAAGGGAUGGGCUUUUCAUUUUUGACAACCACGGGAAAAAUGAAGGGUCGAUUAAUUGAUCAAUUGAUUCUGUCUCAGUAUUGGCAUCUCGCACUGAAUGUUCUGAACUCCUGUUUCCAUGUCCGUGUUGUAUUAAGCUGAAUAACUCGUGCCUGUAGCUCAACGUCCCAAAUCAUUGAUUUUCAUUUUGUAUCUUAAAGGGGGGCCUUUGGGAUGUUCAUUUUUCAUAACAUUGCACAUUUUCCAAUGCGAUCCACUUGAAUUGAUAUCGCACAUUUAACGAACAAAACUAAAAUACAGCUCCAAUAGGUUCAUUGUGUAUUAUUGUAUUCAGGCAAAGUAUAAUAAUUGGAGUUUUAUAUCCAUACGAUAACAAAAAAGUUUACCAUAAAUGUAUACAAUAUGGAGUUUUAGAACCAUAAUUAUACUUUUCUAAAAACUCAAACACACUUUACAGUAAGCAGAAUUAAUACAAUAGAAAAGGGAAUGCAUAUAGAAAAAUCCGUCAUUCACCUAAAAACAGAAAAAAAUAAGCAUUGAAUAAAAUACACAUUUUACGGAUAAAACAGAAUACAAAUGUAGGUUUGAAGUAAAAUGUAUAAGGUAAAAAAAACUAAAUUAUAUCUAAAAUGGAAUAAUAGAGAAUAAACAUAUACUCUGGAAUUAAUCAAUGUAAUUAAAAAUACAAAUGAAGCAUUUAAAUAAUCAAAUUAAUAACAAACCAUUAAUACAUGUAUAUGUUUAAAGUAAAAUGUAUAAGGUAAAAGAACAAAAUUAUAUCUAAAAUGGAAUAAUAGAGAAUAAACAUAUACACUGGAAUUAAUCAAUUAAAAAUACAAAUGAAACAUUUAAAUAAUCAAAUUAAUAACAAACCAUUAAUACAUGUAAAUGUUUAAAGUAAAAUGUAUAAGGUAAAAGAACAAAAUUAUAUCUAAAAUGGAAUAAUAGAUAAUAAACAUAUGCACUGGAAUUAAUCAAUUUAAUUAAAAAUACAAAUGAUGCAUUUAAAUAAUCAAAUUAAUAACAAACCAUUAAUAAAUGUAAAUAUAAAACAAAAAAAAGAAUUAAUUAGGAAUAAAAAAUAAAUAAGAAUAAAAAUUGACCCAAGUAUAAGACAAGUAUUUAGUUGUUUGUACACCUGCACAUAUAAACACCAAGAACAACACUACGUUCUCUUCAAUUGUGUUCUAAAAUAUAUAUUUUUGAUGGGUCUUUCAAAAAGAGGGGUUGUCUUAUAUUCGGGGCAAGGAAAAGACAAUCAUAUCACUCUCAUGGUUUGUUUUUAGAAAAUCAAUGCACGCAUCUCUAUUUCAUGAAAUAUCAAGAUAUGAUUAAAAAUAAUUCGAUUCUGAAAAUAAUUCCAAAGUAAAGUGAAGAAUAAAACAAACAUUUCGCAUUUUCAGCAGCCGAUUCUGUUCAAGAAAUGGGUUUUAUUAAUGGUUAUUUUGUAUUUAUCAGACAACAGCGAGCCGCGCUGAGAAUAAAUCGCCAUUCCAAGUAAUUCAUCAAUUUCAAACCAUCCACCAGCCUCUUAACGAUCAAUUGAGUGAAUAGUUGAUCAUCAUGCCCAUCCCUAUUGACUUGUUGUGUUCCAGUGAACAUUGUGUCCUUGCUGUGAAGGUUUGCGGGCCAAUCAAGUGCGUUCCUGACUUUCAAAGUGUUUCCAUGGUGUACUGUAUCUGUCAGUUUAGAUGUCUGUAGUUUACACAUUUGGAGCGCCAAAACUCGUGUGGCUGUUGGAACAAAAUCGCUACUGUUAAGCUAUAGAGUCCUGUCUGCUUUUGUACGGUGAAGCUAUCUGUCUCCAUUUAGUGUUUUAAGGAGCAUCACUUUGAAGAAUCAAAAGGCCAACGACAUAUCACAUAUCAGUGGCGUUAAUUACAAAAAAAAAAAAAAGUGAAGUGUCUUAUGAACUGUCAAUGGUGGUGCAACAGGGGAUGUCCCUUUUCAUAAAAAAAAAAAAAAAAAAACAAACAUUAAAAGGUUCCUAUGAAAUGAUUUUUUUAAGAAUGUAUUUGUAAUUUUAUUGUCGUCCUAUCUGCUGUUUAUGUGGAAAAUAAGCUGGGCUUACACGUGACUGUGGGCUACUGUACUGUACCUGUGUAUUUUAUUAAAUUUGUAUACACUGUG